UUUGUUUUGUAUUGCUUGCUUGUUCGUAUGUUCGUUUGUUUCGAAUGCUUCGUCGUGCACACUGCUACUACGGCGACGGCGGUGGCUGCUGCUGUUAUUGUAUGUUGUUGUUUUUGCUGUUUUUCGCUGCUGCCGUUGCAUCGUCAUCACUUGAGUAUUCCUACUUUGAAAUUGUUGCUGUUGUUGUUGCUAUUUGAUUGUCUGGCCUGCUUGUUUGCCUGCCUGGUUGAUGACGACGGCGACGCUUUCGUGGACGUCGACGUCAAUUGGUUACGGCGCUGGCGGUGGUGGUGGUGUGUAUUUCAUGCACGAACACGUUUGUGUGUGCGUUUUGUGUAUAUUGGGGGCUUCAACUUCAGUUCGUAGAAAUAAUUUUCGUUACGACGAUCACACUCGUUUAUGUAUUGUGAAGACGUGAAGACGUAGCGAAGGCCGCGACGCUUGAAUUUUCGCGUACAAAAAUACAUACAUUCAUACAUAGUAAAUUUGAAAGAAAAUCAUUUCAUAUGUAGUAUGUAUUUGCAAAGAGUGUUGAUAAAAAAUAUAAUAAAUACUGUUAAUAAAAAUAAAUAUGGAAAUAUAUAUUAAUAAAUAAAAACAGAGCCGCAGAAAUUGCAGCAUGGAGAGAAGUGUGAGCAUAAAUACAUAUGUACAUAUGUAUAAACGUGUAAAUGUGGUAAUGUGAAAUUUCUAUUGAGAAGGCCCCUAUACGUGAGCAAGAAACAAAACGAAAUACUAGUGAGAAAAAAAUUGUGGAAGUAUAAUAAUACUGGGUAAAUUAAUACCGUAAAAGGUAAUUUGAGAAAAAAAUCAUAUAAAACAAUCGAAACGUUGAUAAAAAAUUACUAUACGUCACGCCACAUAUGUAAAUAAGCCGUUGCAGCCGCUGUGUGGAUGGACGUCCCGUCCAACCGAAUUUGACGUCGCGCCGCUGCCGCCAACGUUUGGCAGCUGUCAUAGCACUGUGUGUGUUUGCAUGUGCGUAGUGCGGAUGCGACAACAUUGUAGUGCUAAUAAUCAGAGGCAUAAGCAAAAAGAAAAGAAAGUAUUGUACAAUUACAAAAACAAUAAGUAAAAAAAGUAAAGCAACAGAACCAACAUACAAUAACAAAAAGAAAUUAGCGGAGAAAGUUUGUUAAAUCCACAAAUGAAAAACGCGAGAGGAAUACGAAAUAAAGUUAACGCUCAAAAUAUAUGUAUACGUUUCGCAUAUAUGCAUAUGUCUACAAUAAUAAUUGAUUUGUGAAUACCCUUAAGCAAGUGCAAUUCCCUCUAAGCGGCAAAAAGAAAAAAAAUACGAAAAAUUCAAGCACAGAAAUAAAUAAAGAGAAGAUCUAUUAGCAGUGCUAAUUUGAAUGAUUUCCAAAAAUAAAUUUAAAAAAAAAAAUUAAUUUGAUUUUUACGCACAACUUCCAUAAACCCUGCGUAUUUAACAGCUUCUGUGCUUGUCAAACCCGGCAAUACUGUUAGUGUCAAACACCGAAAAAAUAAUAAUUUGACAGUUGAAAAAUAAUAAAGAGAAGAACGUGUACAUAAUUUCGUAAUAGUAAAUAUUAAAUACUCAUCAAUAAAAUUAACUACAACAAAUAUUGGUGAAAGCAACAAAACACAACACAAUGUCUGCGGAUAUACAAAUAGUCAGUGUGAUUGGCGCCAAUGGCCAACCGCUGCCUAUACAUGGCAACAGCAUCGGUUCGAAUUGGAGCGCACCAGUAAAGCAGGAACGUGCCGAUGAGGCUGAGAUACAAAUGCUAGCCGAAAAGAUGAUGGAAACACAAAAAGCCGCUUUGGCAAAACAACAGCAACAGGCUGCACAGCUUGCCACCCGCCAGCAACAACAAGUGGGUGGUAUGCAAGCUAUGAAUAACAAUCAGAACAACGGACAAGCGAAUAUAUUGAAUUAUUUGACGCGACAACAAAAACUACCAAACGGCACAAAUGCGGGCGCCGCCACCAAUGGUGGUGGUAGUGGUGCUAGUGGUCGUAAUGGUACGCAACAAAACGGCAAUGCGAGCAGUAGUAGUAGCGGUGCCACUGAUGCCAGCAGUGAUAAGAAACCUCCUUGCGAUGAAGAGUCACAGAAGGGACAUUUCGGUUGGACAACAUUUGGCAAAACAUACAUUCCGUAUAUUUUCCGGCAACAAGAGAAAUAUUGUUCGGUACGCAUGAUUGAAAUGAAGUUAUUGGGGAAAUACCUCAACUGCUUGCAUCCGGAUAUAUACUCGAGUUGUACAUGUGUGCGUAGCUAUUAUAUAACGGAGGCAGAAUCGAGACUUUUAAUCGAAAUCAAUAUCAAACACUGUGAUGGUGAAUUUGGACGCGAUAUGUUCACCCAAAAAGAUUUGGUUGUGCGUCUAUCGGACGCAACCAAAUUCUACCAGUUCCUAGACAUCUGCUAUCGCAAGCUCAUUUCGGGUAGCAAGUCGCCCUCGGAGAAAUGCGGUUUCAUACGCAUCAAUAAAGAGUCCGUUGUGCCAUAUACGGUGCGCAACAAUGAGCAGGUAGUGCCAUUAUUCUACUUCGAAGGUGAAACGGAGAAUCUCAAACAGAAAGCCGAUUACCUUUCCGGCUGGGAUUUGGCAUAUUUGAAAUUUUGCUGUAAAGUGCAGGGUAUUCGCAAUGAAUUGUUCUCCAGCGAAAAUGUUGCCGUCAUCUCAUUGACGGAUAUCAAAAGCUAUUUUCCCAACGGCACGGAGUUCGAAGAUUAUUGGCCCAGCAAAGUGGUUGACUCAAAUCUCUUAAUUGGCAAUCGCAGCAAUGCAAAUAAUUCUGUCAACUGGACACGGCAGCCAACACAACCACCGCCAAAAGUGAUGUCUCAAUCAAGUUUAAUGCAAAAACAAACCGCAGCUGCAGCUGUUGCCGCACAGCAACAACAAAUGUUAAAACGUGGCGCCAAUGCGUACGCGCAACAAACAUCAGCAGCAGCAGCGGCGGCGGCUGCAGCAGCAGCUAUGCAACAGCAACAACAACAGGCCGGGCAACGGAUGCAUCCGUCAAAUUCCACAUUGGCAACAGUGCAGGCUUUAACGAAUAGCUGGAUUCAACAACAGCCGCUAAUACACGCUCAAAUGAUGGCUUCACAGGCACAACAGUCACAUCCCAAUUCACGCGCCGCACAAUAUCAACGCAGCCCAAUGGAGAAUAUCCUGCUUGGCAAUCGACCGGCCUAUGCUGCUUAUAAUAAUCAAGCGAUUUCCAUGCAACCGGUGAAUAGUCAUAAUCAAGCGAAUGCACCGCCACCAUUGGUGCGUUCAGGCGCUGGACAAAGCGCCAACCAUAUGUCAAAUGUCGAGCAAACUAUGCUGCAACAACAAACACAACAGCAACAACGACACACCACUGCCUCCUCCUCCUCCUCAACCCCCAAUUCUCCGCAUGCUCCGCCUGUCACACAUAUGCCCAGUCCAAACCAUCCCCUCUCCCACAUACACGCCGCCACAGCGGCCGCGUCCCCCAAUUCUGCCAAUCUAUAUAAUUUCAAUUUACCCUCCACUGCCGCCGAUUUGGCGUUUUGGAAUCAGUUGACGCCUACACAGCGUCUGCUGCUUACACAGCAAAUCAAAAGUACUGCCAAUGUGGCGGCAUCCACAGCUGCUGGUCCCGUUGAGCGGUCCAUUAGUAGCAGCAGUAGCGGUAUUAAUAUAACAAAACCCCCCUUUCCAAUAUUUCCUUCGUUACCGUUGGAUACAGAUCUAAAAACUAUGUUGGAUUAUAAUCCGCAUAAGCAUAGCGGCAAGAGUAGUACGUCGAAUGGUCAGUUUACGAAACCGACAGUGCCGCCGUUAAUACCAGUGGCGGGUGCUGCGGGCGCUGCAGAUAUGCCGAGUGGCAAGCGUAGUGCAAGCAAUUCAAUGCGGCAUGCGACCUCAUCUUCUUCUUCUUCAGGCGCAACUACUGUGCCGCUGAAUUCAACAGCGUCUCUGGAGGAUUUUGAAAAGAAGUUCAAAAUGACUGAUGAGAUGAAAGCGGUGGUUCAGAAAGUGCUCUCCAAUCCCGACUUGUCCACAUUCAUACAGACGAAUUCGUCGCAAAAUUUUGUGCCUUUUAUGUCGCCCCCCAUUUCGCCAGCGCCGUCGCUAUCCAUUGUGCCCAAUCCGAAUGUAACCAUAACGCCACACAUACCUGCCGCGCAAUUUGUACAUUCACCGCAUUCGUCUUCGGCAACGGGUAGUAGUAGUGGGCGUCAGAAGAGCGUUAUUUGUUCUACGAGCGCGGCGGCAUUGAAUGUGCCGCCUUCACCUUCUACGUCCAAUUCCACUUCAACGCCUUCACCAUCACCCACGCGUUCGCACGGGGCGGCGUCUGGUGGGCCGGGCAAAGGUGGCAGUCACUAUGCCGGUCAACACUAUAAUAGCCACCAUCACCACCACUCCUCGUCCUCCUCCUCCCACCAUCACCACAACCACCACAACCACCACAAUCAAAACCACCAUCAGAAUACGCCACCAAUGGAAGUAAUCGAUUUAUCUUCCCCCCGAAGGUCGGUACAAGCGGCAUCCGCAUUCCUACAACAGCAACAAGAGGCUCAUCAAGCAGCGGUCGCUGCAGUGCAGCAACAACAACGCCUGGCUGCCGCUGCCCAACACCAUGCACAACAAAAUGGCCGCUCGUCUGGCAGUUCAUCGGCAAAUUCGAAUUCCGCAAGCAUGCACUUGCAACGACAUGCCGCGAUGGCAGCAGCAGCGGCGAAUAGCGCGCAACGUCUUUCGAUCAUACCGGAAUUGCAGCAGUACGAACGCGCAGCGAGCAACAUGGGCAACCAACCGUACAAGGUGCAAAAGGUCUACGUGGACAAUCGUCUAGUGCCGUGCAUCAAUAUGAAGGCAUUCAAUGACUCCGAUCAGUUAAUGACGCUGACCGACUUCCAAAAGAACUUCUUCCCACAUGAAUCGCUUGAGAACUGCAAGGUGCUCUUCGAGACCUUGGGCGUGGAGCUGUACAAGGGCAAUCGACGUCAACUUCAGGUGCUAAUGGAGAACGAUCGUACGCAUAAUGAGAAUAUACCGUUAGUGCAAGUUCGUGACGUCAUGAAGUACAUGAAGCAGUUAUUGUUUAUGACUCGAAACCAAGAUCAGCCGCAUUCAAAGCGUUCACGCAUAAGCUAGGAAAUGGGUUGGGGAGCACAGCAUAUA